GGUUAGAGUUUAAGGUUAGAGUUUAGGGCACAGACGUCCCAAGAAUCUCGGAUAGGCCUAACCAGUAUAGGGAUAGCAGCGCGCAUUCGUGUACUGUCUCUUUAAACGCGUAAUUUUACUCUGCUCAUGCUCAGAGCUUUGUCCAGGAGUUUCCCUGUCGAAAACCAGCUGUGCGAGUAUCAUCACGUAAGGAGGCGAUCGUGUUGUUAUUCAUCGGUGAAUAAGGCUUUCUCUGACAAGGAUUACAAUAAUUUUUAUGCAAAUAAGCGUCAUUAUCUUCAGUGAAGGGGUCUAAACUGAAAGUGGGAAAAAGCGGAACGGAGAACGGUCAACUUGAUCUAUUUGUCCGGGUUGCUGCAUUCUCCACCGCAGCGAACAACAUCCACAACCGACUCUUGCAAUGGAAAUUGGGAUCCAGAACUAACAUCCCAGGAUCAAUCCUGUGACCUUUUAUUUUCUUCCAGUUUUUCGGGAAGCAUUAGGAUGGUGAACUUGAAAAUUGCUUGGAAAAUACUUAAUUUAGAAUACAACUUAGAAAACACACCGAUUUUCUUUGGUUUUUAAAAUGGCUUCUUAGCCUCUGGGAAUAACGCUGUGAGCAUUCAUUAACGUUAGUUCAAGAAAGUUUAAUAGGAGUGCAUAAAGUCAGUGCACAUUUGCAGGCUUUGUUGUCUGAUGAGAGAUGCUUUAGUUGCGGGACUCCAGCAAUAUGCUCAGACUCAGCUAUGUUUCUAUAGCCAAUAAAUAAGCCAAUUUGAAUGUUUGAGUGUAUUUCGCUUCAUGGCUAGGCUAUCCCACGCAUACACCAAACCUUUGCUUACAAAUUAUUUAUUACCGAUAAGUGACAUUUUAAUUGAGUCACUCAAUCUGUGAAUAAGGAAGUCUUAACCAGAAAAGGAGACCUUUACCUGUUUCUAAAGUAAAAUGGGAGGGGACUGCCGAGGAAUGCAUCUAUGCACAUGGACUAGAUAUCCAAAUAUGCGACCCCAGGACAUCAAAAUAUAUUUGGGGGCAUUCCUUAUGCUGUACUUGGUGUUUUACACCGAAGCCACAGUCUCCAAGUCCUGUGAUAAAAAUUGCUUUUCUGGUAAAUGCAUCAAUGGAACUUGCGUCUGUGACCAAGGAUGGGUUGGAGCCCAGUGUCAACACUGUCAGGGAAGAUUCAAGUUAACAGAGCCAUCAGGUUCCCUCACAGAUGGACCUAUCAACUACAAGUACAAGACUAAGUGCACCUGGCUGAUCGAGGGCUACCCAAACGCUGUGCUCAGGUUGCGCUUCAACCAUUUUGCCACGGAAUGUAGCUGGGACCACAUGUACAUCUACGAUGGAGACUCCAUCUAUGCACCUCUGGUUGCAGUAUUCAGCGGUCUCGUUGUCCCGGAAACGAGAGGGAAUGAGACUGUUCCGGAAGUGGUAGCCACCUCUGGAUAUGCACUGUUGCACUUUUUCAGUGACGCUGCCUACAACCUGACUGGAUUCCACAUCUCCUACUCGGUCAACUCGUGCCCCAAUAACUGCUCCAGUCAUGGGAAGUGCAGCACAGGGAACUCCAUUGCCAGCCGGGUGUACUGCGAGUGUGAGAAGUACUGGAAGGGCGAGGCCUGUGACAUCCCCUACUGCAGGAACAACUGUGGCAGCCCCGACCAGGGCUACUGUGACCUUACUGGGGAGAAGAGCUGUGUCUGCAACGACAGCUGGCAAGGUCCAGACUGUGCUCUGUCAGUGCCAUCCACCGAGUCUUACUGGGUGAUGUCUAAUGUCAAGCCCUUCAGCCAGUCCCUGGGCAGGGCCUCCCAUAAGGCUGUGGUCCAUGGGAAACUCAUGUGGGUCAUCGGAGGAUACAGCUUCAACUACAGCUCCUUCCACAUGGUGCUCAAUUAUAACCUGGAAAGCAGCACUUGGGACGUGGUGCCGAUCAAUAGUGGUCCUCUGCAGAGAUACGGCCAUUCUCUGGCUCUCUACCAGGACGACAUCUACAUGUACGGGGGGAAGCUGGAGGCUGGUUCAGGCAACGUGACAGACGAGCUGUGGGUCUUCAACAUCCCUAGUCGUACUUGGUCCCUGAAGAACCCCAGCAGCCUGGUCCAGGGACAGCCCUACGCCGUGGAGGGUCAUUCCGCCCACCUGGCUGAACUGACCAAUGGGGAUGUGGUCAUGGUGGUUCUCUUCGGCUACUCCCCUGUCUACAGCUACAUCAGCAAAGUGCAGGAGUACAACAUCAGGACAAACUCCUGGCAGGUCCCUGAGACCAACGGGGCCAUCGUCCAGGGUGGCUAUGGCCACAGCAGUGUGUAUGACAGCUCCAGCAGGUGUGUUUACGUCCACGGGGGCUACAAGGCCCUGCCUGCCAACAAGUAUGGCCUGGUGGAUGAACUGUAUCGCUAUGAGGUCCAGACACAGACCUGGAUGAUCCUGAGAGAGAGUGGUCUGGCGCGGUACCUCCACACAGCAGUGCUGAGCAGUGGGACUCUGCUGGUAUUUGGAGGAAACACCCACAACGACACGUCCCUCAGUAACGGAGCCAAGUGCUUCUCUGCUGACUUUCUGGCCUACGACAUGGCUUGUGAUGAAUGGAAAGUCCUGCCCAGACCAGAUCUCCACCGUGACGUCAACCGCUUUGGCCACACCUCCGUCGUCAGCAAUGGGUCUAUGUAUGUGUUUGGUGGUUUCUCUGGUGUGCUGCUGAAUGACGUGCUGGUCUACACCCCUCUCAGCUGCCAGGCCUUCAGUGAGGAGCAGCGCUGUGCCAACGCCAGCCCUGGCAUCCGCUGUGUCUGGCUUAGGGACCACUGUGUCCCCUGGGACACCAGCCAUGCCAACGGCAGCGUGCCCGCUCCCUUCUGCCCUCCACGCACCAACAGUGCAGCCGAGAGGUGCUACAGGUUUUCCGACUGCGUCAGCUGCACUGCCAACACCAACGGCUGCCAGUGGUGUGAAGACAAGAAGUGCAUCUCUGCCUCCAACAACUGCACUGUGUCUGUGAGGAACUUCACCAAAUGCCAUGUGAGGAAUGAAGAGAUCUGCAGCAAGCUGGUCAACUGUAAGAGCUGCUCCCUCAACCUCCACUGUCAAUGGGAGCUUCAGCAACAGGAGUGCCAUGCCAUCCCUGCUCAGCUCUGUGGAGAAGGCUGGCACCAUGUAGGGGAGGCAUGCCUGAGGAUCAACUCCAGCAGGGAGAGCUAUGACAACGCCCAGCACUACUGUAAGAACCUGGAUGGGAACAUAGCCUCCCUCACCACCCCCAAGCAGGUGGACUUUGUACUGGACGAGCUGCAGAAGUACCAGCUACAGGAGAAGAAGAUAGCGCCAUGGGUGGGCCUGAGAAAGAUCAACAUCUCAUACUGGGGCUGGGAGGACAUGUCUCCCUUCACCAACUCCUCUCUGCAGUGGCUGACUGGAGAGCCCAGCGACUCAGGCUUCUGUGCCUACCUGGAGAGGGCAGAGGUGGCAGGGCUCAAGGCCAACCCCUGCACCGCCACCACCGACGGACUCAUCUGUGAAAAACCAGUUGUGAGCCCCAACCAGAGUGCCCGUCCGUGUAAGACGCCCUGCUCCCUGCGCACCACCUGUGCCAACUGCACCAGCCAGGCCAUGGAGUGUAUGUGGUGCAGCAGCACCCAGCGUUGUGUGGACUCCAACGCCUAUGUCAUCUCCUUCCCCUACGGACAGUGUCUGGAGUGGCAGACUGGAGACUGCGCCUCUCAGAACUGCUCGGGCCUGAGGACGUGUGGCCAGUGUUUGGAUCAUGCAGAGUGUGGCUGGUGUGGAGACCCCACUAACACAGGGAAGGGCCAGUGUAUGGAGGGGUCAUACCGCGGGCCCAUGAAAAGCCCCUCCAGACAGCCCAGAGACAGGGAGAGGGACAGAGACAUGGUGCUGGAGCCUGGUCUGUGCCCCAGAGAUAAAGGGUUUGACUGGGCCUAUAUCCACUGCCCUGCUUGUCAGUGUAACGGCCACAGUACGUGUGUGAACGGCAGUGCGUGUGAGCAGUGCAGGAAUUUGACCACCGGACCGCAGUGCCAGACCUGCAUGCCUGGUUACCAUGGCGACCCCACUAACGGCGGGAAGUGCCAGGCCUGCAAGUGCAACGGACAUGCCAAUCUGUGCCAGGUGUCGACGGGGAAAUGCUACUGCCAAACCAAGGGAAUCAAGGGGAGACCAUGCCAACUUUGCGACUCCGAGAACCGUUACCUUGGCAACCCCCUCAGAGGAACGUGUUACUAUAACCUGCUGAUUGACUACCAGUUCACCUUCAGCCUUCUCCAGGAGGAUGACCACCACUACACCGCCAUCAACUUCAUGGCCACUCCUGAACAGAGCAACAAGAACCUGGACAUGUCCAUCAAUGCGUCCAACAACUUCAACCUCAACAUCACCUGGUCUAUUGGAUCAACAGCUGGCACCAUCUCUGGCGAGGAGGUGCCCAUCGUGUCCAAGACCAAUAUCCAGGAACACAGAGACAGCUUCUCCUGUGAGAAGUUCAACUUCCGAGUCAACUCCAACAUCACCUUCUAUGUCUAUGUCAGCAACUUCUCCUGGCCAAUCAAGAUCCAGAUCGCCUUCUCCCAGCACAACAGCAUCAUGGACCUGGUGCAGUUUUUCGUCACCUUUUUCAGCUGUUUCCUGUCCCUUUUGCUGGUGGCGGCGGUGGUGUGGAAGGUCAAACAGACGUGCUGGGCAUCCAGGAGGAGAGAGCAGCUCAUGCGGGAGCGACAGCAGAUGGCCAGCCGUCCCUUUGCCUCGAUUGCUGUGGCGCUGGAUGUAGGUGUCGACCAGGAACAGGAAGAGCUGCUGCAGGGCUUGGUGGAGGGUGUGCCCAAGCCUAUAGCAGUGGAGCCAUGUUGGGGGAGCAGGGCCGGCGUACUGACCGUCCUCAUGUGUCUGCCCAGAGUCCCUUCAGGAAUACCCCCUCCUGGCCAAUCUGGUAUUGCCAUCGCCAGUGCCCUGAUCGACACCUCACAGCAGAAACCUGGAGACUUCAGAGACAAGUACCAUGGCCUGAAGAACCGUAAACCGCACGCAGUAACGCAUCAGGGGACCUGUGUUUGAACCGCCUGACCAAAAGGGGAGCCUGAAUACACCUGAAAGGACCGCGAACGCUUCUGUUUUCUGACAAGUUCUUGCUCUCUUUUUACCCGUCUCUCAACAGCACGGCGUGCUGAAGUGAACCCGAUGACAACGGAAGCCCUUUAUUGUGACGUUGAGUGUCCACUACGUGUGCCUCCUCACCUCCACAUUCUGUAAUGGAGUUUAUCCAGAGUGACUUGUCUGCUCCCUGGUUGGGUCUCUGCCCAGCCCAGCUGGGGGUGUUCUGCACAUCCCAUUGGCUCUCAGCCAGGAAGUUUGUAGUCUGCACCUCCUCCCUGUGGAUACAUCUCCUUAAGAGUUUAGGAGGAGCAGGUCGCCACUUGAGGUUUGACUGACAUGUGACGUGAGUCUGAAAGGACAAUGCCACGGGUCUCUUGCUGGUGAGAUAUGUGCUCAUUUUGAUACAAAGACAUUAGAGAGAAAAAAGCUCCCUCGUCUUUUCUGUUGUGUUUUCUUUUAAUGUACGAUCUGCCCAAAUUCAAUCCAUGCUAAAUAAACAGAGCAGCCUAUGGGUCUAGAAUAACUUGACUUGACUAUAUGAUGGCCUCACUCUGAGUUAGUAUAUCCAUCCUGUGCUGAAAGACGGUUCUGCACUGAGUUCCUCACAGUAUGCACCAAGAGCCUUGACUUAGCCUACCAGCAGUAGAGUAUGUCACGGGCCAAUGAAGUAGUUGGAUGCAAAGAACAGCAAAAAAAAAGAAAGAAAACUUGUAUAUCAGAAACGAAACCUGCCUGUGUUUAUUAUGUUAAGGUCAUUGUCAAAGCGCAAUGGCAUGACAUGUAUUCUGGCAUUCAAAUGCAUGACCUUUCCAUGUUUCAUAGCUGUGAUGUUUCAACAUAUUUCUCAUUAUCCGUCAACACAUAUCCUUUAUACAUUUCAAGGUUUAUUUAAUUAUAGAUUUAGAAUAUAAAAUACUAUUUUAAUUACUACUCAUAUUGUUUUAUUUUGCCAUCUUUUAUUGUGAAUGAUUGUGUUUCCAAUGAAAUGAUGAAGACAAUACGAUCAUAAAAGGUACUUAGUUCUAAUGUUUUCUUGUACAGUAUGUUAAUAAUAAAAAAAUAAUUUUUAAAAUAAAAAAAAAUAAUUUCACCUCAAAUCCAGGUCCAUUAAUUUGUUUUACACACUUACUCAGCUUCAAUCAUGCAACUCGAUUCAGCCUAUAACAUUCUCAGGCCCUGUUCCAAAAUGCUACAUUCAUUUCCUUUCCUACUCUCUGGGAUUACUUCAAGGAAGAGAGGAAGGAAGUAUGAAUUGGAAGUAUUGGAAGAUAACCUCAGUCAGGGUGUGGGUCCUGUGGUUCCUUCAUCCCACAGUAUCAUAUGAAGAAAUCUUUUUUUGUUUCCAUUUUUAUAUUUCUUUUACUUAUUUUUGGCAUUUGGACAGUUUGUGACUGUUUUCUCUGUAUCACUUUGAAGUUCAUUGUGUUUACACUUUUAUCCGAAGCAUCCCAUAUUCCGUCGCAUUUUGUUCUGUCUUGUAAAUCAUUGUAAACGUAACCUAAUAAAUGGUUUACGCUUUUAAAUGUACAUAAGAAAUGUAUAAAUGUGAGAGAUCUGAUGUUUUCCGUUUAGGUGAACACUACAUGUAAUGUAUCUUACACCGAUCUGUUGAAAUGUGUAUGAAUGAAGAGCGGCUCACCUCAUUAUUUUCUUCAUAUGGGCAUAUUGUGUAAAGUUGCAAAUAAACAUUUUGAUGCUUCUUCAUACUGUAAUUUAGAAAA